UCUGGGAUGCAUUAAUCAUACCGCAUCGCCCAGCAAUAGUGUUUGGCGUACUACCAACAACGUCAAAGAUGAACUUUGGGAUUUCACUCUGGAUAAAAAGUCUCCUUGCAUGCUGGGCGAUUCUAGCAGUUGCGUUGGUAUACAGUGCAGUCGGAUAUUUCAUCUCUCACACACUGUGCGCUUCGUUAAAUCAUACCAAAACUACAAAACAAGGAAAUGUCACGUCAAAAUACGACGUCAAUCAGCAAGAACUUGGACCGUCGUUAUUGAGAAAUAACGAGACAAUGGAUACGUCGUACUGCAUUUUUGAGCAAUGCAAGAUCAUUACAUGCUCUUACAUACCCGAGAAACUCGAUUCAGGAAAAGUGAUAAAGACUUUCAUCGAGAACACUUUCAAGGUUAAAUGCGGCUCAAAUGUUGCUGUAAAAAUAAAAUUCACAAAAUCGGCGUUUCCCGGCAAUAAACUUCGAAAAAAGUGGUUGCAGACGGAUUUAGCGAUCAAUGAAUUAACUUUUGACAAUUGCUUCCUAACCAACUUAAACAAAAAAGCCUUUUCCUCAACAAUAUUUCAUCGGACAACAAGACUUUUUCUAAUAAACAAUAAUAUAUCUAUUUUAAAAAGAGCAACUUUUCGCUAUCUUCCAAAUCUGAAAGAUUUCUGGAUUAUAGACAAUAAAAUAAAAUGGGUCGACAGGAAUUUAUUAAAAGACGUUGGAAAUACCUUAGAAACUCUUCAGAUCGAAAAUGCUAUCGAAAAUACAGAAGUUCUUCGAAAUAUUACGGGAGAAUAUCCUUUACCUGCAGUACAAAUAUUGUCUCUACGAUACAACCGUAUCCCGAUUAUCGAUUCGCAGCUCUUCUCUGGCGUAUUCAACCUAGUAUCCCUUUAUUUAUCCAAAUCAUACAUAGAGACUGUUUGCCCAAAUACAUUCGCGCCAAUAUCCAGAUCUGUGAAACAGAUAUUCAUGAACGAUAAUUUUCUGACCUCUUUACCCAAAGGUCUGUUUGAUACAAUAAUUCAGUGGAAUAUCGAUUUCGGUCUGACAAUCAAUAACAAUUUGUGGCACUGCGAUUGUAAACUCAAGUGGAUGCAGGAUAUGAUGAGAGAACAUUCGAAUGUGAUAAAAAAGGAUCUGAUUUGCAGCUCGCCUGAAGUAAACGCCAACAAGUCCUUCACGCUCGCCAAUUUUUGCAACGAAACAACAACGAUGAUAAUAAAUAUAACUGAUAAAACGACCACGAUGAUGACAAAUAAAACUGAUGAAACGACAACAAUGAUGAUAAAUAUAACUAAUGAUACAACACAUAACGAUGUAAUAUCAACAACAAUAAGCGUUUCAAAUCCGUCUUCUACAAUCGAAUCUAGCACAAGAGAAACAAUUCAUGUCGACUGCGAUAAUCUGAAUUAUUCAAUUCGUUCACAGUAUUCGCAUCACGUAUUUUCGACGGUCGACCUCGAAAUAUUAGGAUUCCAAAAUUUCUUCGCGACGGACUACAAUAACGGAAGUGUUCUGCUCACUCUACCGGAUUUGUACGUAUCUUUGAUUUGGUUCAACAAUGACGUGCGAUCAAACUCAGCCAGUCUAAAAAAAUCGAUAAAUUGCGUCACCAAAGUCAAGUGCGCCUAUCUUAUAAAUCUUGAAGUAGGAACGAGCUAUACGAUUUGUUUAUUGAACAAUUUGACUUUUACACCGUUGAAUUGUUGGGGUCUAACCACGAGAUCACUUACAUCUAGUAUUGAUAAAAACAUAAUUAUUAUUAUUUUCGUUAUUUCUCUAAUACUAACAUGCUUCGUGAGUGCUCUCAUUAUGUUCUUCACGGUACGGCGGAAUCCUGCGAUGCUGAAAGGAAACAAGCGAAUCAUGAUCGUAAAACGUAGAACCCUGGAUGCCAUAGUGCUGCCGGAAGGACUUUCGAGUGACACUAUCGAGUCUGAGAAAAAGAAUGCGAUAUCUACGAUCUCGCAAAGUUUAAAGGAGGACGUAUACGCCGUACCCUUUUCGCCGGCGCGAAACUCGAUUCACAAGAACUCUAGGAAUUCGAGUGUACAGAGCGAUCCGAGCUAUAUCUCCGUUAGACCGAUCUACUCGCAACUAAAUUCAUGGAAUUGGAAACAGAUUUUGCACAUGAAUUCGGCAACAGAUCCGCCAUCCUUACCUCCUCCGCGUAUGACAAUGUCGUGCAACAAUUAUCGGCAGCAUCGUACACGAAUGAGAAUGUCUAUGACGAUUUAAUUUGCAUGUUGCAACAAUGUAAUAAAUACUGUUGUAUUUCUGUUUAAUU